AUGCCUAUUGCCCACAGUUUGACCAAAGUGCAGAAGACUAUCCAAAAAUCCAAAGGUGCUAUGCAUCCAAAGGGUAGAAAAUUUAAACAAUUAAGUAGAGCUACAUUAAGAGAAUCAAAAAUUAAUGAAAAGAAGUUACAUCAUGUUCAAAAUAAAGAAUAUCAAAAUCAAAGAACUGUUUUCUUUCAAGAAGCUAUAAGUAAUAGAGAAGAGAAAGAUGUUUUCGGGUUAGAAGAUAUGAAACUUUUCAUUGAAGCUUUUUUAAGUAGAGAUGAUGAAGAGAUUGAACAAUUAAAAUCUGAAAGACGUAAAGGUAGACCUGCAACAACAAGACAAGUUUUAUUAGAAAAUAAAAAGAAAGAAGAAGAACAAGAAUAUAAAACUGGUUAUUUAAUACCUGAUAUAAGUGAUGAAAAAACUGUUGUUUUUUUAAGAAAUUGGAAUGGUACUACUGGUGGUUUAGGUAUUUUGAAAUUUAUUCGUAUUUCAAAAGAUACAACUGAAUUACCAAAUCCUGAAGAUGCAAUGAGAGAUUAA